UGCAGGCAUAUGGGUUUCAAAGAGGCCAAAAGAUUCUACACGUUCGGUUGGGGAGAUGGGCCUAUCUGGUUAGAUGAUGUCGACUGUCAUGGUCACGAAAUGAGUUUGCUUCAUUGCCGACAUCGAGGAAUUGGAUCUCAUAAUUGUGGUCAUGGUGAGGAUGUUGGAAUUGAGUGCCAAAUACAGGAAUUGAGUGUCAAAUAUCCUCUUUGGAACGGGAUUGAGUUCAUUGGUUCAAAGAAGUUCCGAGUGAUAAAGUACGUGGACAUCUCUCAAGCUCAUAAAGCAAUAAGCGGUAAUGGAUUUCUCCCACAUCUCGAUUAUGUGACUGUCAAAAGAUCUCUGUAUGGAGUGAUGACCAUAAAUGGGAGUUAUCCGCUGGCCAUAAGUAAUAGCAGUUUUAAAGAUAAUUUAUUCGCUGCUAUCAAUCUGAAGAGUCACUCUGGGAAUGUUACAGUAGAGAACACCGUGAUGGAAAAUGCAACGUUAGGGUUUCAAUACUCCGGAAUUGCCUCAGAUUCAGUAGACGUUGAUUGUUCAUUUCAAGAUUGUUGCUCCCUGGUAGUACUCAAUUGUUCAUUUAGUAAUAACAGGGUGGAAGACAUAAAUGUUGUUGAUUCUCCAUGCACCUACGACUUAGGAUUUUGCGGUUGGAGGACAUUCAAUGACACGAUUCUUGGAGAGCCUAACAUCACCAAGACAUGGAAAAUCCACGCUAGGUGGCCAUUCUACAUAGACGACUUCACUUAUUUGCAUUACAAAGGAAAGGUUCUGUUAGCUGGUUCGGACUAUUACUGGGAUCUAACUGGUGGCUUAGCAGCCAUGAUCAGCCCUCCAAUCACAAAACAGUCCCAGUUGUGCUCUUUUGUUUAUUUCUACCGCCUAAGUGAUGGAGAUGCUACUCUGUCAGUUUACAUACAAACAGGAACCUUUCCCAAGAUUGACCACAGGCUGAUGUGGAGGUCUACGGACGACUACGUUUGGGAUUGGAGAAAGGUGGUAAUUGACCUUCCUAGUGACAUUGAUGAGUACAGACUGUUGCUCGUAGCCCGGUACAACUCGUCAUCUUAUUACCACUCAAGAAACUACGUCGCUGUCGAUAAUUUACUACUAAGCGGCUGUUCAGUCAAAGAACAUCGCAUAUCUAACAGCGUUUUCAGUGGAAACCUACAUCAGGCCAUACAUUACGCUUCUGCCACUGGUAGCAGCGAUAACCCACCUUAUUUAACAAUUGAAAGGUGCAAAGUCACUGAAGGUUACUUCUCAAACUUGAAUCCAAAGACUUCUAUUUCCUUGGACAUUCAUGAUAUAACAUUUGCGAUUACCAACAACUUCAUCUCCGACAACCGCUUCGGAGGUAUAACCGUGCAGUCAGGUCAAGCCGAAGGAACAAGCUCAUCAAGAAGCCUAGUAUUUGGUAAUACGCUUUCCAAUAAUGAAAACGGAACGAUACUCGAACUGAGAAAACAACGGAAUGCAGCUAACUACAGCUUAAUUCAUAUCAAGGACAACACAUUUGAAAGUAAUUCGGGAUACGGUAUUAGGAUCGUGCAAGUCUCUGAUGAGGCAUGCGAAAUCGUUAACAAUUUUCUCUACAAUAACUCUGGGUUGCACAUAUUAGAUUAUCAAUUUUAUAGUCCUUGGCAGAAGGGACAAGAAGGAAGGUGUGAAUUAAACACUUUCUAUCACAACCAAGGUUUCCUUACUGUCAAUUCCAACGGACCAACGGUAUACCGAAGAAACAUUUUCGAGAAUCCGUCUAUUAUGUACGAGUUUCGCUCCACAUAUUGGCCAGUUACUAACCCAAUUGAUGCUUCGCAGAAUUGGUGGGGCAGUGGAAACGAAUCUUCAGUUUCUUUGCGUAUCUACGACAAAAAUGAUUCGUACAGACUGGCAGCUGUGGAGUAAAGACCUGUUCAAAAAUCACCACCUUCUAACCUCUUAACAGAUGACUGUCCGCUUGGGUGGAUUAAAAAGGGUCAGACGUGCUACGCUUAUAGAGGUGGGAGUAGGACGCUACAAGAGGCCAAG